UCUCCUCAGAGAAGCACAAGCUCUCAUUCUAAUACGAUGGCUCCUUCCUGCAUGCCUUCUGCUGACUACUCAAAGCUUUCCAACAAGGAAAAACAUAAACUAAGAAAACCAGUGGUGGAAAAAAUGCGCCGUGACCGCAUCAACAACUGCAUCGAGCAGCUUAAAGUGAUGCUGGAGAAAGAAUUCCACCAACAAGACCCCAACACCAAGCUGGAGAAAGCUGACAUUCUGGAAAUGACUGUCGUCUUCCUGAAGCAGCAGCUGCAAAGCCAGAUCACAGCUCCUCAGAAAGCUCAUAGUGACGCUUACUCUCAGUGCUGGAGGGAGACCAUGAACUUUCUGUCUGACAACUCCAAAGUGGACAUUACACUUCAACAUCUCAACCGCUGUCAAGAAGCCCAGAGAGGACAGAAAGAUCUCCUACUGUCUCCAUGUUCCUCCCAGAUCCACCAGACUCCAGUCAAGCACGAGAUCAGCGCAAAUAGAGCUGUGUGGAGACCUUGGUAGAGACACUGAGCACUGAGACUCUCUCAUGUUAACCAGAUGGUAGUUUCACCAUCACUAUGUAGGAGUGUAUUUUCCAUUCCAGUCAUUCAGAUCCUUUUCUCAUGUUGAGUUUUGAUCAGAAUUCUAUGUCGACAUGUAUGUUUAUUGUAUGUUCUCCCUAUGGGUAGGGCAAGGUUAUUAAUCAACCCAUGACAUUUUUCUUCAUAUUGAAGACUUCUGAUUUGUCUUAACUCCAGUGAAGUUUUAUUUAUUAACUUAUUCUGACUAAUUUUAUCUGUUAUAUAUUUUUUACAAAAGUAUUUAUUAUUUUCAUUUUUUGUUGACUUUAAUGUG